AUGGCAUCCGCGUCGACGUCUUUGUCAAAGGCCGAGAAAUCCUAUAUCCAUUCCUCAUUGUGCUCAAGUCCGCCAUUACGCGCCGACGGCCGCUCUCUGUUUGACUUCCGAACGGUCUUGCUCGAGACUGGCGUCGCGCCGUUGGCAAAUGGCAGUGCAAAGCUCAAUAUUGGGAAGCAACCUCACGAAGGUGGUGGGGGGACUGAAGUCGUCGCGGCGACGAAGCUCGAGGUCGAGGACAUUGAAAACGGCGAUGGAGUCGAGGGUGGCAGAAUUAUCUGUUCAGUAAUAUGUUCUCCCUCCGCCUACCCACACCUCUCGUCCAACGCCCUCGAUGAGCUACAGUACGAUUUGACCACCAUCCUUCACCAAACGCUCUCGGACUCGUCUUUACACCCACCAAAUUUGGGCAUUCUUCCAAACAAAAAGUCCUGGCUGCUAUGUAUCGAUGUUGCUGUCCUCGCAGACGCGGGUAAUGUGUUUGACGCGAUUUUCAUGGCUUCUCGCGCCGCGCUCUGGGAUACGAAAGUACCACGAACGCGACCCAUUGAGUAUCAAGCGAGGGGUCUAGCACCGUCGGGCGCAGCGGACGUGGAGAUGGACACAGAGUCUGGACAACAGGCGCAGAAGAGCAGCUUCGACACACGCGACAUGAUCAAGACGGCGGCAGAUUUUGAACUUCCGGACUACUGGGACGAAGGAGAGGUGCUUGGUGGGCGAGAACAAUGGCCUGUCUGCGUGACGCUGAAUAUUUUGCCUCCGAUGCAUUAUCUUGAUGCGACUCCUUCGGAAGAAGCAUCCACACCACUGAGGCUCCUGCUUGCAUUCUCCUUUCCCCCAGAUUCACCCGCUGUUCUGCAAGCUAUGCGAUUGCUGGGCCCAGGAGAGUUGACAGUCGCUCAACUGAAAGCUUUCACAGCGGAUGGAGAAAAGUAUGCCCGCGAGCUGUUCGCCGCAUUAGAAGGCAAGUUACGCGAGGAAGAUCUACGAAGGAAUGUCAAGGCCAGAGACAGAUUUGCUGCCCGAUGA